AUGGACAGUGACAGAAUCGAAGUGCAUCGUCGGACGAGCCGAGCCGAGGGCAGCACACAUUCCUUAGAGCGAGGAGGCAAGGACAUGGAGCUGGAGCAGGAGCAGGAGCAAAUGACCGAGGCAAAUCCACUUGCAUCAGCUUCAACUCCAGCCAAGUCAACACUGCUACUCAAGCGUUUGAGGCGGAAGCUGCCUCCUCCGAGCGACACGAGACUCAUGUGGAUCUUCGUGGCUUUGAUGGUGACUAUGCUGCUACUAGGGUGGAAUGACGGAUCUCUUGGACCGUUAUUACCCUUCUUACAACGAUACUACAAGAUCAAUUAUCUGAUCAUCUCGCUGAGCUGGCUCUGUAACUUUGCUGGAGGGGUCUUUUCAGGUCUCGCCUACAUUCACAUUACCGAUCGGAUCGGCUUUGGUUUUGCCGCAGCUCUGGGUGCGUUGGUCCAAGCCAUUGGCUAUGCUUUCAUGAGCACCGGUGGACCUUUUGCUCUAUUUCUGGUCGGGAGUGGCUUUCUGGGCUUCGGCUUUGGGUUCAUGGCGAGUCAAAUACGCAGAAACAUUGCCCAGGUCAACAAUAUCACAUCUCGUCUUCCGAACGCGUCUACAAAGAUGUUCAUCGUUCAAGCUUGUUUCGGUCUCGGAGCAACCGUCUCGCCGUUUAUCAGUACUCCAUUCGCUCAGCAUGUCAAGAGGGCAUAUCUCUACUUUCUCGUAGCGAUGGCUGUGGCACUCGCCGGAAUGGUCAUCAUCCUCGUGACUGUUCAAGGCAGGACGGAAGCCCAGUGUGUGGGGCACUUACCACUCAAAGAGGACGAAAAGCGCUCAGCGGGAGAGUCGGCCGUUUUAGAGAUGAACGAUCAUCAGGACAAAAGCACAGUUCAGGGUAGUUCUGCCGCUCAGGCUUUGGAGAUCGCGGAGGAUCCAAGAGUCCUUCCUCCUGCUGCCAUCAUCGCGGUGACGGAGGAGAGGUCUCAUCAAGAUCCCGCACCGGAAUUGACGAGCGGUCAGAAGGUCAGAAUGAUGCUGAGGGAGAGGGCCACGUGGACCUUGAUGGCGUAUAACUUUGUCUAUGUCGGAUGCGAGGUCGGUCUUGGAGGAUAUCUGACUUCGUUCUUGAUCCAUGAACGAGGAGGAACAGCCGCAGCCGGGUACGCCACAUCAGGCUACUGGGGAGGCUUGACACUGGGACGAGUCAUCCUCAUCCCAGUCACCAACAAGCUAGGAUAUCAGACUGCGAUAUACACCUACACGGCCAUCGCACUCGUGCUUGAGAUCAUCAUAUGGCAGACCCGUACACUGAUAGGCAAUGCUGUCUGUUUCGCUCUCGUCGGCGUGUUCCUCGGUCCGAUCUACCCCGCUGCUCUGAUGGUCAUUUCCAAGAUCCUACCCGACGAGAUUCGAGGUGGUGUCAUGGGUCUCACGGGAACAGCCGGGGGUGCAGGUGCAGCCGCUAUGCCAUUUGUGACAGGUGCACUGUCUGACCGAUUUGGAAUCUGGAUUCUUCAACCAUUUACCGUCGCUCUACUUGGCGCAGAUCUGAUACUGUGGUUCCUUGUCCCAACCAAACGAAUACAAGCCAAGCGGCGGCAGACAUGA